AUGAUCGCCCUGUGCCGUGCUAAGUGUAUGAUAUUGCAGCUUAAAGAGGAGAGUCUGAAAGGAAAUGUUAUUGUGUAUCCACAGCGUCCUUCUGAGAUAACGAGAAUGUUACCACCAUCUAUUGAAGAGAUUACUUCUCUGAUCUGUAUUCUUUUUGUAGGUUCUCAUGUCCCUACCCAGGACUGGUUGAAGAAUCAUGCAAAACCUCUCACAGUCAACGGGGGGCAUGUACGAAGAGCCUUGAUAUGGUUGAAAGCCAACAAUCCACAUUACCACGACAUUCAGUUGAACGAACCCAUACUAGAUUAUUUGGAUUUGAAUCCCACCUUGCCAUUCACCGUUCAGCACAUUCCAUUCAUUGUAAUUACCAAUGUUUACAACAAUGUUUCUUCUAACAGAUUGAAGGCUGCCGCGUUGUCUCACGUUAAAUCCAAUGGCGGUGGGUACAUCGAAGUCUGUCAUGACCCUUUGCCUGUCAACGAAUUUAAUAAUCCUGCUCUUUUUCCGCUCAUGUAUCCUACUUUUCCUGAUUACUCAUAUGCGAUCACAACGGACACAUUCCCACAGUACUAUUAUUAG